AUGGGGACACCUCGCAGCGAGGAGGGGCGGCGGCGGGAGGGGCCGAGGGUGCGGCUGAGCCUCCGCCAGCGCUGCGCCGCCCCGCGCGCACCCGCACCGCCUGCCCGGACCCCAGGCUCCGCUCCCGGUUCUCCGCUCCGCUCCCAGGCUCGACUCCCGGCUCGGCUCCGGACUCCCAGGCUCGGUUCCCGGCUCCCGGCUCGGUUCCCGGCUCGGUUCCAGGUUCCCAGCUCCGUUCCCGGCUCUCGGGCUCAAUUCCUGGCUCGGUUCCGGACUCCCCGCCUCGGUUCCCGGCUCGGUUCCCUGUUCCCAGCUCCGUUCCCGGUUCCCAGGCUCAUUUCCCGGCUCGGUUCCCUGUUCCCAGCUCCGUUCCCGGCUCUCAGGCUCAAUUCCCAGCUCGAUUCCCGGUUCCCAGGCUCAAUUCCCGGCUCGGUUCCGGACUCCCCGGCUCGGUUCCCGGCUCGGUUCCGGACUCCCAGGCUCAAUUCCCGGCUCGGUUCCGGACUCCCCGGCUCAAUUCCCGGCUCGGUUCCCGGUCCUGCCGCGGCGAUGGGGUCCGGGCAGCGCCGCUCCCUCCUGCCCGCACUGCUGCUGCUGCUGCUGCCCGCGGCGAGGGGCGACUGUGGGCCGUUACCAAACAUAAGCCACGCGGAGCCUCCAGAAGACACUAAACAUCGGGGAAGCUUCAGCGUGGGCUCCGAAGUGAGGUACAGAUGCCUGAUGGGUUAUGUCAAACGCCCUUUGCUGUCAGACACCGUGCAGUGCCUCCCCAACUCCCAGUGGUCCAACCUCCCGGAGUUCUGCGGUCGUAGCUGUUCCAGCCCGCCACGGGUGCAGUUCGCUAGGAUCUCACAGGAAGAUGAAAUGCAGAAUUUCUAUCCUGUUGGUGUCACGGUGAAGUAUAAUUGUCGCCCAGGAUAUGAGAAUACCACAGAGCAGCUCCCCACCAGCACCUGUCUGGACAAUGUAACGUGGUCAGAAGUUCCUGAGCUAUGUCGGAGGAAAUCUUGUGGUAUUCCAGCAAAUCCAGAACACGGCAAAGUCAUCGCAAAUGAUCAUUUGUUUGGUGCGAGAGCGAAUGUGGUUUGUAACCGUGGGUACUCAUUAAAGGGAGCGUCGCCUCUCAUCUUGUGCUUCAUGAUGGGAACUGGAGUUGCCUGGACUCAACCUCCACCGUGUCAGGCUCUUUCUUGUCCUCAGCCCCCAUCUAUUCCUGAUGGGAAGCAUGAUGGCAAUGGCACGGAGGAGUUUGUCUACGGCUCCGUGGUGAUGUACACGUGUGACCCUGGGCUCCAACUCGUGGGGAAUGAAACUCUUCGCUGUACAACGGAGAACAGCAUCAAUGGUGUCUGGAGUGGGUCCCCUCCCAAAUGCAGCGUGCUAACUAGCACUGCAGCAGUGACGAACCAAACCGAACCCUCACAGGAGAAGACGGCAGAGAAUCCUUACUGGCUUGCCAGUAUCCUCAUCCCUUGCUGCAUCGUUCCCCCGGUAGCCCUUGGAAUCCUAGCUGGGAUCAUCAUGAGAUGGAAAGACAAUAAAAACCACUCUUACAACAUGCAUCUCAAAAAGCACGAGACCAACGGAAGGGAUCCCCUGAAGCACCCGAGGAGAACGGAUGACACGAUGCCGCCCGUGCCAUGGCAUUCCUAUUUUUGCCACACAACGAGUUGCCACGCGUGUCCCACCUGCGAAGAGCGGCUGCACGCCGCCCUGGCUCCCCGCACCGAGCCCACGCACCGCGGCUGUGCCGCCUGUGAGGAGUGGCUACGCAUCCAGCCCGGCACGCCACGCACCUACUCGGUCCCCAGCAUCGGCAGUGGGGAGAUCUGGAGCCCCACAGGCACCAGCCCUCCUAAAGCUGCAGAUGUGCUGAGGGAUGAGGGCCCGGGAGAAGCUGGUCCGGAGCGGAGCAAGGCAGAGCAGCCCAUGGACCACAAAAGCAACCACCACAUCUGUCCUGUCUGCGAGAACUGGCUGCGCGCCCACUCUGACCAGCGUGAACGCCAUCCCGCAGCGCCCGGGGAGCGGCUGUGCCAGCAGGACGAGGGCCCGCAGGGUCCCGUCUGUCCUCGCUGUGCCGACCGGUUGCACUUCUCCCUCGUCCACAGCGACAGGGCAGAUUGUCCCAUGUGUCCCCUGGCUGGGGAGGGGACCUUGGCUCACCUCGUCACCCGCCACAGCCCUGGCUGCCACGUCUGCCCCAUCUGCACAUCACCCACCCACGUGCAUCUGUGCCAGCCCUGGGGCCGGGCACCCAACGGAAGGGACCCAAACCACCCGUUGGGUGCUGCGAGCCAGAGGCUGCAACGCUCAUUGCCUCAAAGCGUCUCACCCGAAUGAACUGCUCAUCUCCGUGUUGAGGGAGAAAUGUCAACCGCUGUAACAUCCAGAGCGGCACGAAGCUGGUUGGGGAGAAGGGUCGCUCCACUAACUCCUGGCAGCGUCAGGGACCAAGUUCCAAGUGCAAUAAGAGAACCUGAAGUCAGGCGUCUGACCUCAUAAUCCAAAAUUUCAUUGUAAAAGGAGCAGGAAAAUCAAACUUUCUCCAAAUUCAGCUCCCUGUUGGUUUCAUGCUUACUUUUUUUGUUUGUUUUAUAAUAAAAGGAUUUCUCUUACACUUUUAGGUAAAGUAAUUCAUCAUGACAGGUACAAAUUAAUCCUAUUCUGGCAGGUAACAACAGCUGGAUUGGUAAAAGAUCAACCUCGGAGACAACACAGCCAAUCUGGAGUAUUAAAAGGUGUUUUUUCAGUUCUUCAAGUGAGGCUUUAAAAAUUCAGUAAAGCUCCUUUCUACCAGGAAAAUAAUUUCAUAGUCAACACCCUCUUUGUUCAAUCUUGCCAGAUUUACCGUACGAGUGCUCUUAAAGGGAGAGCCUGGAUUGGUUGAGGCCACCCUUGACCUGAGGACCACAAGGGUAGGGCGAUGGCGUGGACCAAGACGGAGCAUCCCGGGCAAGGCAGACCCUCCCACGUGUUUGCAGUGUUGCUCAGGGUGAAUGACGCAGGUUGUGCGUUGGGUUACUCAUCACUUGGGCAAACCCUUUCCGUGUCACGGGACGGGGUGGGAGUGCUCAGCUGAUAAAGCUGAAGGGGUUGUGUUGGUAAAAUCUUGGGCUGUUGAGGACAGAUC